AUGGUGGAUCUCAAGGACUCCAAGGAGGACUUUCGACCGCCUCAGGAAGAUGAGCAGCCUCUAGCAUUCGUCGUCGACUGGUCAAAGGAUGAGGAGAUCAAGGCGAAGAGAAAGCUUGACAUGAUCAUCAUGCCAAUUCUCACCCUUGGUUUUUUCUGCCUGCAGCUCGACCGCGGCAACAUGGCCAACGCCAUUACCGACCGUUUCAUGGAAGACGUCGGCAUCGACCAAGACCAGUUCAAUGUCGGCCAGCAGAUGCUGUCCCUCGGCAUCGUCCUCACCGAAAUUCCUUCCAAUAUGAUCCUCUACCGCGUCGGCCCGGGCAAGUGGCUCACCCUGCAGCUGUUCCUGUUCGGCAUCGUGAGCACCUUCCAGGCCUUCCAGCGCGGCUACGGCGCCUUCAUCGCGACCCGCUUCAUCCUAGGCAUUACCGAGUCCGGCUUCAUCCCCGGAGGCCUCUGGACCUUGUCGACGUGGUACACCCGCCGCGAGACGGCGAAGCGGGUCAUGAUCUUCUACUUUGGCAACCAGCUCGGCCAGGCGUCGGCCAAGCUGCUCGCCUUUGGCAUCCUGCACAUGCGCGGCGUCGGCGGCCAGCCCGGUUGGUUCUGGCUGUUCGCGCUGAUGGGCGCCUUCACCGUCCUCGGCGGUUUCGUGUAUGGCUUCUGUCUGCCAGACUCGUUCCAGAACCCGCACAGCACCUUUCUGCCCAACUUUACCUGGUUUACACAGCGCGAGCUGCACAUCCUGCAGACCCGUGUGCUGCUGGACGACCCGAUGAAGGGCAAGAAGAAGCGCAAGAUUGGGGCUGAUGCGUUCAAGAGAGCUUUCACCGACUGGCGGAUCUGGUGCCACUUCGUCAUCACGCUGUGCAACAACGGACCCCAGCGCGCCUUUGACACGUAUGCGCCGACGAUCGUCUCUGGCAUGGGCUACCCAGCACUCGUGAGCAACGCAAUGGCUGCUGUCGGUCUCUUCGUGCAGGUCCCCGUCUCGUUCGCAUUCAGCUGGGUCUCAGACCACUUCAACCUCCGGGCGCAGACCGUCAUCGUAGGCAUGAGCUGCCACUUGCUCGGCUACAUCUUCAACCGCGUCUUCACGGACGUCAACAUCCAGGGCGUGCGGUACUUUGGCGUCGUCUGGACACAGGUGUUUGGCACGUUCUCGCACCCGCUUAACAUUGCGUGGCUGUCGCUCACGUGCCAUGACUCGGAGCAGCGCGCGCUUGCUAUGGCUGGAGUCAUCAUGGGCGCCAACAUUGCCGGCAUCUACGGCGCGCAAAUCUUCCGCAGGGAUGACAGCCCGCUGUACCGGCGCGGCUUCAGCGUCGCGUGCGCCGUGCUGGCGUUCGGCCUGGCGGUCGCCAUCUUCCGCUUCGUCGACGACAUUAUCCGGCGCCGCAGGAACAAGGGCGCGGUCGAGGACGGCGCGAUUGACGCCGGGGACCACUCGGCCGGGUCGCAGUCCCAGGACGACGAGGCGGAGGUGGGCAAUGUGCUUGGCGAUGAGAGGAAGGGCCCGUUGGCUGCGAAGGAACUCGCUGCUGCGCCUGUUGCUGCUGCUGCUGCUCGUUAGAAAGGGCAUUGAAUGUGAAUACUUCAUGGGAUUCAGGGGGGGGCGAGAAGAGGGCAGCAAAAGGCAAAAUGCCUUGUGUGUAACGGGGGGGAGCUGAAGCUCGGGUCACGGAGUGGCUGGCUGGUAGCGGUUGUCAUUGGCGGUCUGAUACGUGACGCGUCAGAAUCGUGGGCGGCUGCAUCCCUUCCCGAGAAUUCUUUGAUGCCGCACGACCGCAGGAACCACCUGGCGAUGCCCUAUUCGGGAAAGCGAUGUCGGCAGUGAUAAGCCGCUUCCCCGGAUCAGAACCCCUAAUACCGGUUAAAGAUGGUGCUCUGCUCAUU